CGGGCGGUGCCAGGCUCCAGCCGCCCCACGGCGACAGCGGUGCCAACCCGGCUGCGUCCCAGGGGGUUGCGGGGAUUAGGGAUUAGGAAAGGGAUUAGGGCGGGGGACAACUCAUCCAUCGCACCGGGACAGGGCUGGGUGGCUCUGCAAGCCCCGGGGUGGGGAUGGUGCCCAGUGCCCUGGGCAGACCCCGGCACGCAGAGCCGGCUCUCUCCACCUUAAGAAACCUGUCCCUCCCCACAGCCCUCACACCCUCCACUCACUUCCCCUCCGCAGGGUUGGUGUCCUGUCAGCCAGGUUUCCUGUUUGGAACCCUCACCGGCACAUCGGAAGGGGGGACAUCAGUGAGGGGACAUCGGUGAGGGGGACAUCGUCUUCCAGCACCUUGUCCCACCGAGUCCCGGCCACUCCUUAAGGAGCUGAGGUGCUGGAACCACCAGGAAUUGUCCCUAAAAGGCCUUUUUUGGCUCCUCUCUGCAGCUGGGGGGGUUCCUCCAGAGCCCUCAGGAGGAGGAACGCAAAGAGCUUUUCUCAUCCCGAGCCUGCCCCAGCACCCCAGGAACGCCAGGACUGCGAGGCAGAGCCUGGAGCUGUGGGGGGCUGCUGGAGGAAGGUCAGAGCUGGAGCGAUGGCCGAGGGUGGCCAGGAUGGGGUCCUGCCCGAGGGGGGCCCGGGGGACGCCCCUGACAGCACCCAGGAUGAGGCUGAGCCCGGGGGGGCUGCAGAGGGCGAGGGGCUGGAGGCUGCCCCGAGCCCGGGCAACGUGGAGGACCUGUAUGAGCUGCUGGAGAAGCUGGGCAGCGGGCACUUUGGCGUGGUGAGGCGCUGCCGCGAGCGCGGCACCGGCACCUUCUACGCCGCCAAAUUUGUGAAGACGCGGCGCUGCUGGGGCAGCCGCCUGGGGCUGGAGCGGGCCCAGGUGGAGCGGGAAGUCGCCAUCCUCCGCCAGCUCAGCCAUCCCAACAUCAUGCGGCUCCACGACCUGUUCGCCAGCAGAGCCGAGGUGGUGCUCGUCCUGGAGCUGAUCGCCGGGGGGGAGCUCUUCGACUUCAUCGCGGAGAAGGAGGCGCUGUCGGAGGAGGAGGCCAUCGAGUUCCUGGGGCAGAUCCUGCGCGGGGUGGAGUACCUGCACGCCCGCCUCAUUGCCCACCUCGACCUCAAGCCCGAGAACAUCAUGCUGCAGGAGAGGGACGUCCCCAAGCCCCGGAUCAAGAUCAUCGACUUUGGGCUGGCCCAGCAGCUGGAGGAUGGUGUCACCUUCAAAAGCCUCUGCGGGACCCCCCAGUACAUCGCUCCUGAAGUGAUCAAUUAUGAGCCGCUGAGCUCCGCGACCGACAUGUGGAGCAUUGGGGUCAUCACCUACAUCCUGCUCAGCGGCUUGUCCCCCUUCCAGGGUGAGACGGAUGCUGAGACCCUCUCCAACGUCGUGGCUGGUGCCUACGAGUUUGAGGAGCGCUGCUUCAGCCAGACCUCCGAGAUGGCCAAGGACUUCAUCCAGCAGCUGCUGGUGAAGGACCCAGAGCACCGCAUGACGGCGGCCGAGUGCCUGGUGCACCCCUGGAUCAAGCCCCUGAGCAGGAAGCAGGUGCUGAGCCGGAGUCGUUCCUCCAUCAACAUGAGAAACUUCCGCAAGUUCAACGCUCGGAGGAAGUGGAAGCUCUCCUAUAACAUGGUGUCCGCCUGCAACCGGCUGUGCCGCACGCGGCUGCUCUGCGGCCUGAGCAAGGAGGAUGAGGAGCUGCGCUGCUGUGAGAGCGACCAGGAGGAGGAGAGCAGCCCCCCCAUCGCGCUGCUGCGCCGGCGGAGAAGCAGCUCCUGAGCCCCCCCGAAAGAAAACAGGAGCCUCCCUGGGAGGAGCCUCGGGGGUCCUCUCAUCUCCCCAGCCCAGGAGGCAGGAGCACUGUCUGGCCCCAGUGCUCCCAGUUGCCCAUUGUGUCGGGGGGUCACUGGGACAGCAGCACCCCCCUCCUGACCCCCGGUGUUGCUGCCCCAGGGCUGGGACCCCCCUCCCUGCUUUGCCCUAGUGAGAAAAAUAAAUAUCGCUCCCUCCUCCA